AUGACAGAGGUGACCCGCGAAGUGAAUGAUUAUUUUCUCACUCAUUGGGACUUUCCCUCCGAAAAAUCACGCAAGAAGUUCGUUGCCGCCGACUUUCCAGGGGUCACCUGCCUUUACUUUCCGAAGGCGUUGGAUGACCGCAUUAGCUUUGCCUGCCGCCUUCUGACGGUUUUGUUCCUCAUUGAUGAUCUCCUUGAAUUCAUGUCCCUCGAGCAAGGAUCUGCCUAUAAUGAGAAGCUUAUUCCGAUUUCCCGUGGUGAUGUGCUUCCAGACCGUUCCGUGCCGGUGGAGUAUAUCACUUACGAUUUGUGGGAGAGCAUGCGCGCUAAAGAUCGUUCGAUGGCGAAUGAGAUUCUCGAGCCGGUCUUUGUUUUCAUGCGUGCCCAGACUGACCGUACUCGCAUCCGACCAAUGGGGCUGGGUUCUUACCUGGAAUAUCGCGAGCGCGAUGUGGGUAAAGCUCUCUUGGCCGCCCUGAUGCGUUUCUCAAUGGCCUUAACAAUCAGCCCCGUUGAGUUAACUCUACUUGGAGAGAUUGAUGCCAAUUGCUCCAAGCAUUUGUCGGUCAUCAAUGAUGUCUACAGCUACGAGAAAGAACUUCGUGCUUCCAAGACCGCUCACGCUGAGGGAGGAGCGCUGUGCACCUCCGUGCGCAUACUAGCUGACGAGAUCGCUAUUUCCAUCGAAGCCGCCAAGCGCGUGCUCAUCUUCAUGUGUCGCGAAUUGGAGUCUCGCCACCUGGUCUUAGUGGAAGAACUGCGCGCCAAUGGGCGUCAGUCGGCCUCGCUGGCGGCAUAUGUCGAAGGUCUCGAGUUCCAGAUGAGUGGCAACGAGGAGUGGAGUAAGACCACGUUGCGAUAUAAUAAUCUGGUCUAG